AUGAAUAUAAUUACUAAUUCGUUUAACUUAGUAUUCACAUCAAUUGCAAAUUUUUCUGAAAUAUACCUAAUAUUGAUUCUUUUAAAGUUAUCCUUAGCAUGGUUUCCAACUGUAAAUUGGUAUAAUGAACCUUUUUGCUCCUUAAACCGUUUAACAGAUCCAUACUUAAGACUAUUUAGAGGCACUAUUCCUAUGAUAUUUGGAAUGGAUAUGUCACCUAUGCUAGGUAUUAUUUUUUUACAAUGCUUAACUGUUAUUUUUAAUAAUAUUAGAAUAGAAUCUAUUACAUAG